GGAACACGAAGGGACAGACACAAACUCGAAGUCUCGAAGUCUUUGAGACUUCGUGUUUGUGUCUGUCCCUUCGUGUUCCCUAGUCUCGGGGGUUUUUUACAUUAUGCAUCAUCUUCACCAGCUCGCUUGCUUCCUAGCCAUUUUUUCAGUGUUAGCUUAGCUCAAUUGGUAGAGCCCUGGACCGGAAAUCCAGAAGAUCCUCAGAACAUCAGUUUCUCUCGAGUCUGGUGUUCGGAGAACAGAUUGUCCAUCUAAAAUACGGCGCCACAAGGGUUUCGGUAUCAAAGAACAGAACAUAGCAGUCGCGCAGCAAAACUGCUGCGCCGCCUGUGAAUUUGGAUGAGUGCCAGAGGGGAUGUCCUCCCAAAAUAGCGGAUGUGUGCCUGCGUGUCGUCGUCUUGCGACUGCUAGGACUCAGAAGUGCGGACGUUGCUCACAACAGAACAGCAGAGACAGUGCCUGAAGCACAGCCCGUUACAGCAAGAUCUCAGGAAGAUUGACCCUAGUUAUGUCGCCUCCAAGACAGUCUGGAGGACUGUCUCGAACCAGCAGCUUUCAUCUGACGUCGCUCGGUUCCCUUUGGGAGCAAGACUAUAAGGAACGAGUGCGAGAAUACAGUUCGACAGGGUCGGUGCAGGUCCUUCAAGAGCCCAGUACAUCGAGACAGCUAACUACUUCGAAAUCCUGUGGGAAUAUCAGUUAUAAAACCAGAGGAAGUGAGUCCGAAAUUUCAUUGUUGCCCGACGACUUCUUGUCUAGGUCGUCCAACUGGUCCGUUGGCUUGCAGCAAGGCCACAAAACAAGCGCGGGGCCGCAGCACCCAAGAAGGGGAGCUUAUUCGAGGGACAGUCUCGAAUCCGCGCAAAUAAAGGAAUCUCCGAGAGUCCUGUCCAUCGAGUCAGUCACGCUGGACGAAUGUUUGCUUCUGCUGAACGACCACAGUAGAAAGGUUUGUCCCAUUACCCGGUCCGCAUGCUGUCACUCCUCUUCCGAUGACGACCUAUCCGUGGCCAGAAAUUGCGAAGGAAAAAUGACCUCUAGAGACACGCAGACAGACACAGGAGCGGCCGUUAGCGCGGGAGUCCCGCCGUCCACAAUCUUACUGGAGAUCGUCAACCUCUUGAAGCUCCUGGUGCAAAGCCCCGCGUUCCGCUCUGGCCGCCAGGUUCAACGGUCUGUUAGCACAAAUUUGGUGGCUGACUGCAACGUUGGUACGGAGCCAGGUGCUGAUCCCCUGGAUUAUUUGAAGAAAUUGAUUCUGUGCAAGAAGGUAAUUCUCGAUACAGCGAAAGAUGCCCUAAGUCGCUCGGACGACGGACAGUCUCCUGGGCGACCCUGUGGAGGCACACGUUGUUGCUUUACCAAUUUAAAAAGGGAUGGCAGAGACAGCGGCAUUGCGAGCUUCGAGUGGAACUGCACGGGAAGCCUUCCAGAUAAGGAGGAGAACCGAGAGCAGAAGACGAGAAAAGAGAAGCAUCCGAGAAGACGUCUCUGUGACUGUUUCCCAGCUGAUUCGUAUCUCACAUUGCCUUGACGCGAGUUUCCCAUCCUCGCGGCACGCGGAACUGGACCUUCGUGGCUCGUGCAACCUAUGGCCCGCUGGACUGUGUCGGCUCCAAACGACGGUUUUAUGUCCUUGGCUGAGAUACCUUUUUGUAUAGAUGAAUCUGAUAGGUCCGUGCCGUCACCACAUAUAGCACGCUGCUAGCCAAUCAUCGUUCCCAGUGACAACGUUGUCGCUCCUGGUUUAUUGAUAACCGGAGGCGGAGCCUAUUAUGUAACCAUUAUGUGUAUAUUAUGCCUAUUACACCCGUACCUAAAUACCUGGAA